AUGGCAGACGGCGAGGUUCCGCUGAAUUCGGCCGAGGUGACGAGAACGCCAUGUCCCAUUAGGCUGGCACGAUACCUUGAGACGAAACGAGUGCGAUCCAGAGCUCCUUGCAGAAAUUGCGCAGUCCAGGUGUAUUUGUUGUGUUGCCUCCUAGAGCUGCAAGAUGCGGCAAGGCGUUGUACUGUUUGGACUGCAUCAAAAGCCUCUCAGAAGGUCAAGCUGCGACCUUGUCCGUCGGAGGCGCUUUCGAAAAUGUCACGCAUGACUGCGGCCUCCCAGUGCCGGUCCAAGGUGAGACAGGUUGCUACGCCUUUGCGUGCUUGCUCCCUGAAGGCUGCAGUGGAGAAGACAGGAUCCAAGGUCAAGAGGGGCACAAUUGCAUCGAAUUCCAAGUGCUACCCGAAACUGGCUGGCUUGCAUCCACAGGUCAUGAGAGACACCGACGUGUCCCUGCACCGCAAGGUAGACAGUGGGGAAGCUCCAGGAGUGAUCAGUGUUGUCCUGAGGCGCGGUAUCUUGGCACACAUGGACUCAUACGGCUACGCCGACCUGGAACGCCAGGUGCCUAUGCGGCCAGACACGAUUGUCCGCCUCUAUUCCAUGACGAAGUCCAUCAUAUCUGUUGCACUGGGCAUUUGCAUAGAGGAGGGUCUGCUGCAGCUUACCGAUCCCGUGUGCAAGUUCAUUCCUGCAUUUGCGGCUGCAAAAAUCAAGUCGGAGGACGGUUUGGCCCAAACCGCCGCAGUGGACAAACCUUUGACGGUCUUGCAUCUUUUGACGCACACUUCUGGCAUUGGCUAUGGCCCCAUGCUGGGCGAUGAGCCUGGUUGUGAAGCGGAGGAGCGCUUCCUCCCGCUGAUCGAGCGCGCCGGUCUAGGAAGAACCAGCCCCGGAGAUGCUCGUGCAGUGAAGUCCCUGCAGCAUUGGUGCGAAGAGUUGGCCAGAAUUCCACUUCUGCACCAGCCGGGCACCGAGUGGUUGUAUUCCUACAGCCACGAUGUCCUCGGAAGAAUCAUCGAGGUCGUUACCAGAACAAGACUCGACAUCUUCGUCGAGGAGCGAAUUACGCAACCUCUGGGGAUGGUGGACUCCGGAUUCCAGAUCCCGCGUGACAAGUGGCACCGCACUGCUGCAAUGUACCGGCUCCAUGAGCAAGACGGACAGAAGCCGAAGCUGGUGCGCAUUGAUGCACCCAGUGUGGACUGCAACGAAUGGAUGGUCGGCAAUGCAAGUCCAAUUCUGUCAGGCGGUGGCAGCGUGGAUUCCAUGACCGGGGGCAUGGUCAGCACGGCUGCCGACUACGCCCGCUUCUGCCUCAUGCUCCUGGGCAAGGGAGAACUGGAAGGAAGGAGAAUCCUCAAGCCUGAGACUGUGGAUUUUCUUUGCUCAAACCAGUUGCCAAGGGCUUCAGGAAGAGAUGAAACAUGGGCCUUCGGAACGCCAGGGGUUGGCUUCGGGCCUGUCGGGUCCGUGUCCGUCAGCCACCCGCUUCUCGAUCAGGCGCUGCGGGCUGGUGAAUAUGGCUGGGGUGGAAUGGCUGGCACUGCCUGGACAAAUGAUCCCCAAGAGGAUUUCGUCCUUCUCAGUUUCUCGCUGGUGGCGUUCGACCUUAGCACUGAGGAGGUCCUGCGCGCAGGCGUGCGCAAAGCAAUUUCCGAGUUCCAGAAAGAGGCGGCCCAGCGACGGCUGUGCUGGCUUCGAAGAUGCAGGCGGUAUCGAGUGGAGUGUGUCAAGCGACGUCUCUGCUCGCACCACGAAGGAUUCAGGGCCCCGCACUCCUGA